UCUAGUUUAAUACAGGGAAUACCAAUUACUUUAUUGUGUUCGAACAACUUGCAUUUUGUGUUGUAAGCUAAUUUCGUUGAAUCCAAGAUGGAUAGUCCACUUUGUCUGUUUCUGGUUAUUUUUGCUUUGGCUGAACGAACAUCAGCAGGCCGAUGUCACAAUGGAUGGGCACCAUUUCAAAGUAAUUGUUACUAUUUCUCAACCUCAGUAACGACUUUUAAAGAAGCAAUGAUUAACUGCUACGGAAUGAGUGCAAGUCUUUUAGAGUUACAAACGUAUUCGGAAGAAAAUUGGCUGAAUUUACAAAUUCAACUUAGAGGCAACAAUCACGGAGUAUGGCUAGGGUAUAGUGACAUUCAAAAGGAAGGCCAAUUCGUGACCCUGUCUGCUGCCAAAGUAUUACAGUACACGAACUGGUCUAAAGGAGAGCCUAACAAUGUCAAUGGAAUCGAACAUUGCACGGGAUAUUUCGUAAACACUAAAAGCUGGAAUGAUUGUAUUUGUGCAGGACAAUUACAUUAUGUAUGCAAAAAAUAAAGAAAAAAAAA